AUGGAGAAGGAGCCUUUCGGGUGGUUCGUCGCCUGCCAUGCUUUCUGUCUUCUUUGUGCGAAUUUGUUGUACUGCCUCAUAUCCGGGUUCCUCCCAGGGCACUUUGGCAUCGCGGGCAUGCUAACAGGAAAUCCUGUUAUCGCCGGACUCCUUUAUAUUCUGUGGCUUGGCUCAGUUUCGACAGGAAUUUUUUUCUUUAUAACGUCUGAAGAAGCCGAUGCAAGGAAAACCCAGGAUUUGGUAGUUGGGUUCUGUUGUUCGUACUGUGCAGUUGCAGGAUUGUCCUUCCUCACAAAUGUUGUUGCCAUCUACGGAAACAUAGGGAGUUUCGUCGCUCUCGAUCCUGUCCCCUUUUUUUCUGUUUCGAACUUUUUUUCUUUCAACGUUCCUACGCUAACUCUUCUCUCUGUUCUGUUCAUUCUUUGGGCAGUUGGCUUCAAGGCGAUCGGUAAGGGGCAUUUAACUUGCUCGAAGAACUUCAGUCGCUACUGUUGUAUGCGCUUGCAGGCGAAAUGGAUGAGUAAACCGGGGACACUCUAG